CGCCCGCCCCCUCACUGGCGAUGAGCUCGAGCUCCAAGACUGGAGGCGACUCCGUCUUCCCGAAACCGCAGCCCCCUCAAUCUGGCGUGAGGGCCGCGCUGCAGUACACUGGCAUUCCCCCGUCAUGGCUCGACAAACGCCCUAGCCUUCCCUCUCGCAACUGGCUCAUCUUUCUCGGUGUCACUUCCGCUGUUGCGGGCUGCUACAUCUACGACCGCCAGCAGUGCAAGAAAAUAAGGCAGGAGUAUGUAGACAAGGUCAAGGACUUGGCGACGACGCCCAUGGGCAGCAUGGAGCUCCCGCGAAGAGUGACAGUGUACGGCGCGAAAUGGUUGGGCGAUGAGGACUACGACCGAAGUAUGCGGUAUUUCCGGAAGUACGUCAAGCCCGUACUAGUCGCAGCCGCGGUGGACUAUGACAUGGUCAAGGGACGCCGGCUAGGCGACAUUGCCCGACAGGUGGCAGACGAGAUUCGCGCAGAUCGGCGAAUCAUGUUGGGCCUGGAUCAGCCUUUCACUGGUGGGAUGCAGCUGCCGGGUAGCACUCCAGCGGAGAAACGUCAGCGCAAGGUCGACAGCGGCAUCAUCAUCGUGGGGCGUCAUACGCUCAAAGAGUACAUGUGGGGUCUCAAGCGCGGAUGGACAGAGGGGUUGGAGCUGGUCGACAGGGAAGAGCGGUUAGCUCAACAACUGGAGGCGGGCGGCAAGUUCGACGAGCCAGAGGCAGAACACCCCCUCGAUGCUACAAUUGGUGAUGACGAGCCACUACCUACACCUUCACGACUCCCGCCUUCAAACCCUGCCUUUUCUGUCCUCGCGACACAAAACCUUCGUGCCCCGCCACCUCCCAAGGACGCCAUUCCUCCACACCUGAACGCGCCCCCAGCAACACUCCCUCCUCAACCCCCCAUGCUCCUCGUCAGCUUCACGAAUUACAUCGGCUUUACUCAGAUUCCGCUCAUGAUAUGGGACUUCUUCAACGAGCGUACGAGGGUGCGCGCCGGUGCAGAAGCCGCGUACAAGCUCAUUAUGGGCAAUGCACGACUCUUCACCGCUCCCCCUGCUGAGGCGCUUGCUCGCCCAGAUGUCGACGUUGACCCUACGCAACCACAAAAGCCCUACCUCGCCGAGCUCUCCCCAACGGACCUGGACUUUGAUCGCGAGGCUGAGUCGUACUACAAGAAGACCGUCGUGCGUGAUUUCUUGUCGGAGAUCGAGAAGGCGCGGAAGGAGUACUACGACGGGCUCGCCAAGAAGCUUGAGACUGCGCGUGCACUCGCGCGGGGAACCAGGGAACCGACCAAGGAGGAGAGGGACUACCCGCCUCCUACGGAAGUUGAACUUCGUGCGGAGACCCUGAAGAAGGAGCAGCGAUGGACAAGCGACGAGGAGGGGUUCAACAUCAUCCGCCCAGACAAGGAUGUUGAGUGGGACGAGAGGUUCCGCGGUGUGCUCAGGGUCUACACCGACCCGACGCCCGAGCAGCAGUCUCAGUCCGCUGGCACAUUUUCUGCUUCAUGAUACUCGCAAACUCCGUCAUUUAGUAGCAUAUACUUCCCCUAGCAUAUACAUAUAGCUUGGCAUAUCGCUGGACUCGACUAUGCAUGUAAUGACCCCCGGUUAAUCACUCCUCC